CCAUAUCUUCCGCGGUGGCCGACAGGACGUGGCAGCACGCAAGCGCAUAUCAAAGGACUCUGGAAGACUACGAGUGUUUAAGUGAAAGAAACUCAGAUUCUGGCUAAACUUUUGACACCAACAAGUCAAAAAAAGUCUUUCUAAAAUGGGGCUUACAAUUUCUUCACUUUUUUCAAGACUCUUCGGCAAGAAACAGAUGAGGAUACUCAUGGUGGGUUUGGACGCCGCCGGUAAAACUACCAUUUUGUAUAAGUUGAAACUCGGGGAGAUUGUCACCACUAUUCCUACAAUUGGCUUUAACGUAGAGACGGUCGAAUACAAAAACAUCUGCUUCACCUUGUGGGACGUCGGCGGCCAGGACAAGAUCAGGCCUCUGUGGAGACACUACUUCCAAAACACACAGGGUCUCAUCUUCGUGGUGGACAGCAACGACCGAGAGAGAGUAGCAGAGUCUGCAGAGGAGCUUGCCAAAAUGCUGCAAGAGGAUGAGUUGAGGGACGCUGUUCUCCUGGUGUUUGCAAAUAAGCAGGACCUUCCCAAUGCCAUGGCCGUCAGCGAACUCACAGACAAGCUGGGACUGCAGAGCCUACGCAGCAGAACGUGGUACGUCCAGGCCACCUGUGCCACCCAGGGCACCGGACUCUACGAGGGCCUCGACUGGCUCUCCAACGAGCUCUCCAAACACUAGAGCCCGCACAGGGACGAGGAGAGGAAGAAUGGAGAAGAAGGAGGAGGGAGAGAGAGAGAGAGGGGGAGAGAGACUUCCAAUCAAGGGACUUGUUGUGGCCUCUCUCUCCCUGCAUCUGAAGGAGUGUGAUCGGACGAAGGCGUCAUCAUGAACGAAAUCUGCACCUGUUUGUUUCUUUUUUUCUUUAUUCUUUUUUUUUUCUACUUCCUUUGUCCCCUGUUAACUGUCCUCCUUUCUUUUAAAAACACCUCAUUUUCUAUGACUGUAAAAAUAGCGCUUUAAAAAUCAUACGGGGCUUUUAUGUCAUUGCUUUGAGGUUGUCAGAGUGGAGCAUUGUGGGUAAUGAAGUCUUUCCCUGAUGGCCCAGUAUUCUCAUCCAGUGAGUUUGGUCUGUCAUGAAGUCUGUUUAAAAACUUUGGGAUGUUGGCUCUACAUAGCAUGAACCCCCCCCCCCCCCCCCCCCCCCCCAACAUGGUGGGCUCUAGCCACACCCAUGCCCCAUCCACUACCCCUCCCCCCGGCCCCCCUCUGCUGCUAUCUCAGAGGAAGGAGGGCAGCAUCUGAGCUGCACCUUUCCAGUCUUGUGUGUCUGUUAGUGUGUGUGUCUGUCUGCCAGUAUUUCCUGCUGCUGUGUGCUUGAGUGUGUUUUGACUGAACUCCUCAAAGACGUGGAGACCCCUCUUCCUCUUCACUCUGAGGUUCUAGAACUGAGCAGCUGCCUGAGACGCUCUGAUUUCCCCCCCCCCCCCCCCCAGGACCAGCAGGGCAGCGCCGCUGCCAGUGUAAGAGAUGCUGAGGUGUCUCAGGGCCAAGGCAAUGCAAUAACCCAGCCCCAGACCCGGUGUCUCUGUGCGUUUGGUUUCCUAAGCAGGUGAUAAACAGCUCAAGUGCCUGGCUUAUCUUGGUAUCAUUUUUAAUUGUGGUUUUAUUUGUUUUCUGCCCUGUCACUUAUACAUUUCUCAGUAAAAAUGUGUAGCCACUG